GGGAACUGCUUUCGAUUGUUGGCGGGCGCCGCCAUCUUGGUCAGUGAGCUUGCGAGUGGCUGUACGACGAGGUGUACGUAUUUCGGUGAAACGAGUAUUUGGUGCGAUUUCCCUGAAACCUUUCGUCUACCCGUGAAAUCCACAAGCAUCCAAGAUGUCGGAACGGGAGGACAACGUUUAUAAAGCGAAAUUGGCUGAGCAAGCGGAGCGCUACGACGAAAUGGUCGAGGCGAUGAAGAAGGUCGCCUCGCUGGAUGUGGAGCUGACCGUCGAGGAAAGGAAUCUCCUUUCUGUCGCCUACAAAAAUGUUAUCGGCGCGAGAAGGGCGUCUUGGAGAAUAAUUUCUAGUAUUGAACAAAAGGAAGAGAACAAAGGCGCCGAGAGAAAGCUGGAGAUGAUCCGUCAGUACCGAUCUCAGGUCGAAAAGGAGCUGAAAGACAUCUGCGCCGAUAUUCUUGGAGUUCUGGACAAACACCUGCUUCCGUGCGCGUCUACUGGCGAAUCGAAAGUCUUCUAUUAUAAAAUGAAAGGUGAUUACCACCGCUAUCUUGCCGAGUUUGCCGUCGGCAACGAUAGGAAGGAAGCUGCGGAAAACUCUCUGGUUGCUUACAAAGCAGCGAGCGACACCGCUAUGACAGACUUACCACCGACUCAUCCCAUCCGCUUAGGAUUGGCGCUCAACUUCUCCGUGUUCUAUUAUGAGAUCCUCAAUAGCCCCGACAGAGCAUGCCGUCUUGCGAAAGCAGCCUUUGACGACGCGAUCGCGGAACUAGACACCUUGUCCGAGGAGAGUUACAAAGAUUCUACCCUCAUCAUGCAACUUCUCAGGGACAAUCUUACUCUUUGGACGUCGGAUAUGCAAGGAGACGGGGAGGGCGAACAAAAGGAGCAGUUGCAAGAUGUGGAAGAUCAGGACGUAUCGUAACUCUAACUGUAGUGAGUGUUAUCUUGCGCAUAUAAAACUGAAAACACAAGAAAACAAAAAACUCUUAAUAACUUGUAAGCAAAAGAAAACAAUUCAGCAGGUGGCAGUUCGGGGUGGGAAGGGGAGAUCUUUAGCGAUUGCGUGGCCCUAAGCACGCACGUACGGUUACUCCAAAAAAAAAAAGAAAAAAAGAAAAAACAGAAACGAAAAAAAUCAUUUGAAUUAACAUACAUAUUGAAUUAAGAAGCGCGCAGAAAAGUAACAAAAUAAAAAAAAGGACAUACACUCUGCGGUAAAUAGAAAGACUGCAAGAGCAUUUAGAGAGGCACUAUUCUUUGCCUUUUUUUGCGUAUCGAGAAGUUUAAAAAAUGCUGUCUUUUUCAGUGGACGAUGUCGAGAGCGUUGAGUUGACGCCGACUGGCAAAGCGCGUAUAUAUAUAUAUAUAUAAUACAUAUAUAUGUGUGUGUAUGUAUAUUCAUCCAUAUUACUAAAAAAACACAGAGGACAAGAACACGAAAUGAAAGGAAUAAAAAGCAAAAAGAAUAUGCGCUAAACCCAGUCGGAGUAAACUCUCGUUUCUGUUGGUUUUAGUGAGUGAGAACGAAUAGCAUUAUCCUCAACCCAUAACGUUUCAUUAAUAACGAAACACGUUAGUGGCUCGACGUCUAUUGAAGUGCAUAUUGUGUUCGUUUGUUUUCACCCACCCCCAAUCUCCUCCUCCUCGUCCUCUUCCCCGCUUUUUUACUGCGCGCAUCAUUACUCUCGCAUACUAUGAUAAAUAACGAUAUUAUUAAUGUAUGCGUGUAAAUCGAAUGUAAAUCAUCUGUUUAUCUAAAGGGAUAAACGCGUCUCCUCCAGAGUUGGAGUUACGUGGUUGAUCGACGGUUGGCUAAAAAAACAGUCAAGAUACAACCACGUGCCUUCAUCUCUGCUUUCUGUAUAAGAUAUUAUGAAUGUACUUCCGGCGAAGUGUCCCGAUUUACAAAGCAAGUAAUUUCAUACACCAUAUAGGUUUCGAGCAUGGGUUCUCGUGUAGUCACUUGUAAACAUGAUUCAAGAACACACGCUUACCGCGAAAGCGUCGUACUUAACAAACGAAAUGCAAUAACAUCAGUCUGUCUUAAGUCUGGCUUUCGCAGUAUCAAAUUUUAUGUUAAAAUCGAAGACGAGAAAUUCUUUUAACUGUGAGUGAAAAACAAAACAAAAAAAAAAAAAAAUACACAUUAUUCUCGACGUGACAAAUGUUCUUUCAUACUCCUCAAUCAAUCGUACUCCUCCGCGACAAAAGAAGCACUCUUAUUGUUGAGAGGAGAGUCGAAAAAAGAAAGAAAUCGUAAUAGGUGCGUUUUCAACACAAAGAAGAAGAAGAAGAAAAAAAAGGGCAAAUUACGUUUCACAGACAGAAAAUAGCAGAAAACAAGUAGCUAUCUAGUUAGUCUGUAAUCGUGGUUGUACUUUUUCAUACGCCCCCUCUGUAAACUAUAACGAUCGCUGUGGUAUAACAAAUUACAGAAUAAACGAUUGUAUCCCGACUCGUUCUUCACUCGCGCUCACUUUUGCUAUUAUCACUGUCCUCGAUUCCACUGUAUCUUAGUUGAUCUUAACCUUUUUAUCGAUGAACCAUUCCGUCGAUUUUCGCUUACAAGAAAAAAAAAAUAUAUAUAUAUAUAAAAAGGAAAACAUCACUCGAGAAACAUUCCAAUGAGACACGUUAGAUAGACUUGGUUCAUUAGUCUUUACGCGAAAAAUUCGUUUGCGCAUCUUAACCCGAGGUAAGCUUAGCGAUUAGUAGAAUUAUUUGUUUGUUGAGGCAGAUAGUGUCGAUUGAAAAUUUAUGUCGUAAAACGAUCCUUUAAGUACAAUGUUUCUGUGUUCAAGGAUACUAUUGUUUUGCCUGAUGAUUAAAACAUGUGUAAAGUUGCAACAAAUAAAUCGUAACAAAUAAGUUUCCGUCACUCUAUUACACGUAGAAAGACAAAUUUCGAAUUCGUGCAGUUUUCUCUCGCAAUCGCAACUUGUCGAGAACAUUCGGUAAAACCGUGUAAGCGUGCAGCAAAAAAGCGAGGUGUAUGCUUGAGAAAGAAUACAGGAGAAA